AUGAAGCUCCUCACUAAGGCUGAAGAAGAUGCCCACUACCGCUCUGUCGUCAAGGGCGGCACCAUCGGCGGGAUAGCUGGUCUUGCAGGAGGCCUUGCUGGUGUUCUCCUUGCAUCGCGUCGCUACCACACAAUCCGCAACCUAACGCUUCCGAUGAAGAGUUUCCUGGUGACCUCGUCGGGUACCUUUAUCGGCAUCAUCGCCGCCGACCAUGCCUCGCGAAACUUCGACGUCCAGAACAAUGCUGAGAAACUCUGGUAUGAGAAUCGUGAGGAGCGCCUGCGUGCCGAGGAGCUGCGCGGUCUGAGCUUCACCGACCGUGCAGUCGCCUUCGCACGCCGCGAAAAGUACAAGAUCAUUGGCGCCACCUGGAUCGCCUCCAUGGUCGGCUCGUUCGUUUUGGUCGGCCGCAACCCCUACCUCUCGGGCCAACAGAAGAUCGUUCAGGCUCGUGUAUAUGCUCAGGGUCUGACUCUAGCUGUGCUCUGUGCCUCGGCCGCGUUUGAGAUUUCAGACCAGCGCCGUGGCCGUGGCAUCCUCGACAACGCAAAGAAAGAUAAGAAGCAGCUUCUCGAGGAUGCGGCCGCGCCUGCCCCUGUUCAUACUAGUAGCAAGGACGAGGGAGAUCUCUGGAAGGAGAUGGUCGCUGCCGAGGAGCAACGCCUCAAGUCCAAGCGCCACGCGCUCUAUGAAAAGCACGAGCCGGAGAAACAGGAGGACGGCGGAAAGACUGAAAGCUCGGACUCAGAAUCUGACGCUGCCAAAGACGAGGACAAGCCUCAGUCUGAGGAAGAGCCCAAGCCUGCCAAGAGCGAAAGCAAAAAGCACGCUUAA